UUACAUUCUGUAGAGCAUAUCAGUAGCCGUUCUUGAGCCACACCGCAGUGAUGGCAUUUAAAUCUUAAAAACCUAAUCAAUAAUUAUAGCGGACAUUAAGCAACUACUUCAAAGCUUUUAUUUCUUCCAAUACUGCCGAACAAAAGGACACGUAGAAGGAUACACACGGCAGGAAAAAAAGAGUGCAUGUUCAACCGUUUUCCAUGUGCAUUUCCAAAGUGUUUAAGCAGGCCCACCAAAGACACACACAACCAUGCUAAGCCAUUCAUUUUGGCUGCUGAUAUCGCUGUUCAUCCUUUCGUGUACCUUUCGUAAUGUGACAUCGCGCACAGCCACUGGAUCGACGGCUCAACAGCUAGUCGCGGGUCAGACUAAAGACGACGAAAACACGAACUCGCCGGCCAGCUCCGGUGCGAGUAGCUCCCUAGCUUUCUGGGGUGACCUCUCACAUGCCUACAGAAUAUAUAAGCAAUGCGCGCAGGAUAAUAUUUCCGUGUGUCUGCAGGUGAAGCUACUAACAGGGUUGCAGCGGGUGCUGCGCACCGCAAAGGUUCUCAAAAUUAUAGAUGGCGUGAAAUUUGUCAGAAGCAAUGAUAAUGAUGCAGCCGACGGAGGCGCAGUGAGUUCAGUGAGUUUCACAAAUGAAAAGGAACUGGAAGCGGUGUUGCCACGUGGCACUGAUUCUAAGGAGCAGGUCUUACACAGUAUGAUUGCGCGAGAAUUUUCAAAUAUGCUGCAAAAUUUUACCUUGCAGGUGAAAUUACCCAAAUUGCAUGGCUCGAAAGCAGAGAACAAUGAAAUUGUAACGGAAAGCCGCAAGAAAAGGAUAAAAGGAGGUGGAGCUUAUAUAAUGAUUCCACUGCUACGCGGCACAUUCAUACCGAUUGCCUAUGGUGCUUUGGCCAUGCUGGCAGGCAAAGCAUUAAUCGUUUCCAAGCUAGCACUGGUCCUCGCUUCGAUUAUUGGCAUUAAGAAGUUACUCGGUAAUAAUAACAAGGAAUCGCAUGAAGUUGUCGUCUCCUCCGGUGGCCAUUCAGGUUGGGGGCGAGACAUGGACCUGGCAUACAGCGGCUGGAAAGCUGGCAAAGAGCAUACAAAGACAAUGUAGAGUAGUUAGUAAAAUGAAUGGUGAACGUUCA